AUGCCGGGCGGGAACGAAGAAGCCCAACUCGCUCAGUGCCAAGCCUACGUACAGCGGCACAAUAUACAGCAGCUAGUCAAGGAUGCCAUCGUUGCCCUCUGCAUUCACAAACCGGAAAACCCAGUGCUCUUCCUCAAAGACCACUUCGACAAGCUAAACGAACAGCGCUCGCAGGAGGCUGGCAAGCAGGAGAACAAUGACGAAGACGAGGUCAUGGAUGAGGCCCCGAAACCAGCGGCUCGUGGCAGAAGACCCGGUGUCUCUGCUGAAGUCAUGCAGCCUGAUCAGGAGGAAAAUUAUGAAAAGAUUCAGAUUGUGAUACCGAAAGAUGAAGCAACGCGCCAAUCGCUCGAGUCGAUCCUCAAGAAGAAUUUGUUGUUCAGACAUUUGGAUGAGGAGGAGAGCAAGACGAUGUUCGAUGCUAUGUUCCCAGUCGAAAAGAAGGCCGGUGACACAAUUAUUGAGCAGGGGGAAGAUGGAGAUAACUUCUACGUCAUCGACAAGGGAGAAGUUGACGUCUACGUGAACAACGAGCACGUGCUCUCGAUUGGUGAUGGUGGUUCAUUUGGAGAAUUGGCCCUUAUUUAUGGAACUCCCCGGGCAGCCACCGUCAAGGCGAAGUCUGACGUCUUCCUGUGGGCCAUCGACCGAAUCUCGUACCGCCGAAUUCUUAUGGGAUCGACGAUCAAGAAGCGCAAGCGAUAUGACGAGUUCUUGUCGAAGGUUCAGAUCCUUGCUGACUUGGACAAGUGGGAGCGCGCCAACGUUGCUGACGCCCUCGAGACGUGCAACUUCGAGCCGGGAGCGCAUGUUGUUGAACAAGGGCAUCCUGGAGACGAAUUCUUCAUUAUCGCUGAGGGCGAGGCUAAUGUGCUUCAAAAGCGAAGUGAUGAUGCGCCGUUUGAGGUUGUAGGUCAUCUCGGACCUUCUGAUUACUUCGGUGAGAUUGCCCUCCUGCUCGAUCGGCCGCGAGCCGCCACCGUCGUCGCCAAGACGCCGCUAAAAUGCGUGAAGCUAGACCGGGCGCGGUUUGAGCGGGUUAUGGGACCGGUACGCGAGAUCCUGAAACGGGACGUCUCCAACUACAACUCCUACGUGAAGCUGAUGACA